CCAAUUUAUAAAUCAAUGGUCAAAAUUUAUUUCUUAUUUUUACUUUCUUUUUCUUUUGUUCCCAAUCACUUUUCUAAUUUUUCCCUCGACAGCGACGACGACGACCGCGUCUGUUCGAUCGGAGUGGGUUUUGAGUGGUUGCCGAAUAGUUCUGAAUUGGAGAAAGAAGGAUAUAGAGGAAGAAGAAGGAUAGGUUGGGAAAGAAAGAAGAACAAGAAAGAAGAAAGAAGAAAAAAGAAAAAAGAAAAAAGAAAAGAAAAAGUAAUCUUAGCCAUAGAUUUAAAAUCAAAGAGAUCUAAGGGUGCAAGAUAAUUUUCCCACACGGUGGGAGACCCUAUAAAAGUUUCCACCCUAGUCUGUUAAAUAUUCUCUAUUCGAUUCGAAACUGGCACUCGCUUCGCUUCGCUUCCACAGCCCACGCACGACGAUUCUUGCUCGAAUCACCCGAAGCUAUAACACCAGAUUCGAUUAACUGACCUAGCGAUUGAUUUCAGUGGAAUCAGAUGAUGCUGCAACGGCGAAGAUUAUAAUUCCGCAGCAGCAAUGUUUGAGGGACUGGUUCAUCAGUUGCUUCUCGGUUACCUCGGUCGGUAUUUCAAAGAUAUCCAGAAGGAGCAGCUCAAGAUUAGGCUCGAGGAAGUACUAUUGGAGAAUGUGGAGCUGAUACUUGACGCAUUUGAUUAUCUCCAACUUCCAUUUGCACUAAAGCAAGGUCGAGUUGGGAAGUUAAGCAUAAAAAUUCCGUGGAAGAAGCCUUGGGACCCCAUUAUAAUCAUUUUAGAGGAUGUCUUUAUUUCUGCAUCACAGCGAGGCGAUCAAGAGUGGAGUGCUGACGCUGUUGAACAAAGAGAAUUUGCUGGAAAAAAGGCCAAGCUAGCAGCAGCGGAGUUGGGAAAAUUAUCCAGAAGGGUGUGCGGUAGUCAAGCUGGGCAAUCGUUUAUUUCUCAUGUCACUACUAAGAUCCUUGACAGCAUCCAAGUAGACAUACGGAAUUUUCACGUAUUAUACUGUGACAUGCAGAAUGAUCUGGGGCAUAUUAUGUUUGGUUUGAAGUUUACUAGCUUGACCAUGAAGCAAAAUCUUAUUGGAUCUUCAAAUGGAAGGGUGAGAGUUGGCCAAGAACAUAAAAUUGUAGAGGUUAAGGGGCUGGAAUUUUAUUCCAGAAUGUUUCAUGGUUCAAUGGACUUGGGUAAUAUGAACAAUAUGGGUAACUCUUAUUCAGCAAACAGUAUUAGAUCGGAAGGAAAACAUUACUUUUCUAUACUGGCACCGUGUGAUGUAACCUUAAUUCUUUCGGAUAACAGAUUGCAAAAGCUCGAUGACAAUACUCCUCAGUAUUCUGUCACUGCUGAAUUGAGUGGUUUGGUUAUAUCCUUAGAUGAGGUUCAGUUACAGCACAUGUGCCUUGUGUGGGAUUAUAUCUGCACUUGUAGAUUAAGAGAAAAGUAUGGUCGCUUUCGUCCCUGGCAUUGUCUUUUACCAAGAAAAUGUGAAGGUUGGCAAAUAUUUUGGUGGCACUAUGCACAAGAAUCAGUCCUUUCUGAUGUUCGUAGGAAAUUGAAGAAAACAUCUUGGAGAUACCUUGGGGAUCGAUUAAGUUUCCGACGGAAAUAUUUGAACUUGUACAAGGCUAAGUUGGAUUUUCUUCAACAAGAGCAGCUAGUUGAUGAUGAUGUUCUUCGAGAUUUGGAGCAAAUGGAGAAAGAAUCAGAUCUAGAUGAUAUAUUAAAUUAUCGAUCUGCUGCAGAAUAUGAAAUGCAGGAAUUUCUUUCAAGGUGUUCUAUGCCUAACAAUGGCAAGAUUAACAAUGAUAUUCCUACAGAGAAGUCUUGCAAUGAUGAACAUACAGUAAAAUCUCGGGGAUGGUUGAAUUGGCUUUCUCGUGGUAUGCUUGGUGCUGGGGGAACUGAUGAUUCGAGUCAAUUUUCUGGAGUUGUGUCAUAUGAUGUUAAGGAUAUAUCUGAAGCAACUGAGUUUCAUCCUCUAGUUUCAUCUAGCUUUGAUGUUGCUGUAAAGCAUGAAUUAUGCAUAUUUUCAAUCAAGUUUCAGAUUCAUCAGAUUUCUGCAACUCUCUGUAACAAGAGGCACGAUAAAGGAAUUGCAGAAAUAAUUAUUGAAGGUGGAAUUGUCGAGUCUAACAUCUACAAAGAACGUGGAAUUGUUAUAUCCAAAUUCAAUUCUGGGAAAAUGGUUGAUCUAAGCAACAAGACAGUCAUUGUACAUAUUGGAGGGCCUGUCAUUGAAAACAACAUACUGGACAAUUUGGAUAGUUCUUGCAGCAUUCAAGUAAAUUUUUCUUCUCAUGGAGAUAUGGACGUGUCAGUGAAGGGAAUACUUCAACAACUUGAAGUGACAGUUGAUGCAAAUAUUUUAUCAAAUUUGUUAGAGUUUUCUGAUGUCUUUACAUCCUUCAAAUUUCUUAAUGAAAGGGUGCUGUUGUCACUGAAUGGAAUUGAAAAUGACAAUAUUAGGCUCCUAUCCAAAGCAGAAUACAUUUCUGUAAACCAUAAAAAAGUUGUGUGGGAUGUUAGUAUUGUUGAUGUUUCUGUUAAUUUUCCUUGGAGAAGUACAGCAUCAGAGUAUAGCAACUUGGUAUUGAAGUCAAGAUCUUUAUGCUGUAAAUCCACAAAUAGUCUUGAGUCUUUUUCUUCAAAAGUUGAGGAGCAACCGUACUCUCUGAAGAACUUUUUAAAUUCAAUAUCCACAUCUGGGAUUUGUUUAGGCAUCCAACUUCAAGAUCUAUAUGAUUAUUUUGAUGUUACACUAAAUGAUUUUAAGAUCAUCAUGGUAAAUUCUGACCAGUCACAAAAGGUUUAUAUUCUUGAGAAAUUUAGUGUUUCGUUCUUCCUGGCACUUUGCAUGAUCCCAGAUGAGUCCAUUUUGAAGCAGUUAGAGGUUUAUGCACUUAUUGAAUCACUUAAAGUACACUUCUCUCCUUCAAUAUACGGUGCAUUCAUAGAAUUGACGAAUCAUCUGGGUACAUUGCAUGUAACGGGUGAAUCUGGAGUCUUAAAUUCCCCUCAUCCUCCCAAUAUUGUUUCAGUUUUGCCAACAUAUUCUACUUUUGGCAUAUCCAUUGUUUCAAUAAUUGAUUCCAUUGAUCUUGAUGUUGACCUUGAAGAUAGUGGAGAUAACAGCUCAAAGCUCAUGGUUUCCUUACAAAAAAUGGUCUUACGGUAUGCUUCUUCAGAAUUUCAGGAGUUAUCUCUCAGUAUGAAGUCUUUAAUGAUCUGUGCUUGUAAAAUGAAGGAAGAAAAAGACAGCCAGGUUGUGCUUUUAUUGGGAAAUUUAUCUUCUCCUGGUGCUGCAGUUGGAGAAGACUGUGUUUCUGGACCAAAUAUUGAAGUUGAUCAAUAUUCUGAUGUGGCUAUGCUGGCUGAUGCAUGUUUCGCUAUGCAUUAUGAAUCUUCCAGAACUGAUGUGCUUUGUCAUAAGAUUUUUAUGUACUUAAAUAAUGCUGAUAUCCACUGCUACCCACAUAUUGCUGGACUGCUCAUUGGAUUCUUUCAUAGGUUGUCUGCCUAUAGUAGCAGUUUUGAGAAAUCCUCUGCCAGUAAUACUGUUGACAUUUCAAAAAUUUUCUCAAGUUUUGGGUUACAGAAGUUUGGCUUCUCAAAUUAUUUUGAAUUUGGUUUCACUGAUUCUGCUUGCAUUCCAUUGGAUUGCUUUCCAUUUGUAACGAUUCACAAUUCUGGUUCUCUUGGUAAUCUAGAGAGCGCACUCGUACAUGCCAUUCCUGACUGGAGAAAAUAUUUUAUCCUGAGGGACAGAAAAAUCAAAAGUUCCAAUAUAAAUAUGAGGAGAGGGUCCAAAUUUUUCCAGGUCUCUCCCUCAAAAUCCAAAUCUGAUUUUGUAUAUUCUCAUGAAACUGGGAUUGCGAGCACCUGUGAUAUUUUUUCUACUGAAUUGCACCUAUUUGGAAUAAGAGCACAUUUUCAUGACUCAUCAUGCAUUAUUGGGACAAUCAUGGUGCCUACUUCUAAGUCUUCUCUAUUAUUUUGUGAAGACAGUAUGGAUAUAUUGUCUUCUUCUGAAGGAUUGGCUCUUACAUCAUCUUGGGGGCCGCAAAAUUUUCAAGAUAAUCUAUGGGGUCCCUCUUCACCAAAUUUGUCUCCUAUUUUAAAUGUACGAGUCAGGAAAGGACAAAAUAUAUCUUCAACUAUUGAUUUGGAAAUAAGCAUUGGCAUUCAGCAUGUCUACUGCAUGUUACCUUCCGAAUAUCUCUCCAUUAUCAUUGGUUACUUCUCAUUAUCUGAUUGGGGUGGUGCUUCUGGUGACCAGUGUUUCUCUGACGAGCAAAGUGAUACAGAUGUAAAAAAUGAAAUGAAAAUUACAUAUAAAUUUGAAAUCUUGGACUCCAAUCUUAUUUUUCCAGUGGUAAGUAAUGACCGUCAGUUUAUAAAGAUUGAAAUGCCACAGCUUUAUUGUAGUUUCAUCGAGAAUUCUGGUGUUGAUGAAGUACUAAAGAACAUCCCUCCUGAAUGUUUGGUUCCUAUUCAUAAGCUUGCAAAAAGAAAUGAUUGUUUAAAUGUAUUUGGGCGAGACUUGUUUGUAUCAUUCCUUCUUUACAAGAAUGAUUUGCUUGGCUUAGCAACAGUUGAACGGAAUACGGAAUUUUUAACAAGUGCUUUAAUUGCACCCAUAAAUGCAGAUGUUUGGGUCAGAAUUCCAGUUGGUGGCAAAUCUAAUUGCAAAAGUACUUCAUCAAUAUGUUUCAUGACAAGCAUCAGCAGUUGUCAUAUUGUUGCAGAAGAUAGCCACUUUUUUGAUGGAUGCAUGGCCAUAUGGGAUGUUAUUGAGGAAUUCUCCUCAGUUGAUGAUCAAUCCAAAUGUUUCAAAUCAGAUGUUCUGCAAUUCCUUAAUUCAAAGAGAAGUUUAGAGGCAACCCGAACCAUUUCUCCAACUCUGAUGGCCUCAACUAUCAUGUCAACAGAAGUUAAAUGUUGCGCACAGUCUUUAUUUAUAAGCUUCCAUCAUAGAAAAGAAGAUUUUGUGGAAUUAAUAACCAAGGGUGAUUUGGGGUUUGUUUGUUCUGCAUCCUUAAUAAAUGAUUCCUUGGUAUGUUUAGAUUUGGGUUUCUCUACCGUAGUGUUUUACUCUCCACGUGAUUCUAUUUUAGCAAAAUGCACCCCAACUUCCUUUUCCAUGUCAGUACUUAGUAUCUCUUUUUCUCAAUCUAUUGGUGGAAAAAAUAAACUUGACCUUUGUCUUUCAUCCAUUGAUAUUUGGCUUCAUUUGGCUGAGUGGACUGAGGUUGUUAAAUUCCUUAAUCAUUUCCGUUUACAUUUGGAAAGAACUCCUGUGAAUGCAAUAACAAAUAGUUUGUCCGUGGAUGCUUCUAAUUCUGUAAAAAAAUCAACAGUUCAACAUAGUUCAAGUUUCCUUGAUUCUGAAAGCACCUCAGCACCUUUUACUUCACAAGAGAUUGAGAAUGAUGUCUUUAUAAUUAAGUCAGAAAAUUUUUGUAUUACAUUUCACAUCCCUGUUUGGGUUGGUGAGGAACCUCAUGUGGAAUUUCAGCAUUCUCAAGGUCUCAAUGUGACACCUUUAAGUGUAUCUUCUGAUAUAGUUGAAGAAAAAGAUGCAAAAUUUCUUACUGUUUCUUUCAACAUGAAUGGUUUUGAAUUAGUUAUAAGAAGCAGAGAUAUCCAACUGACGUCCAAAAUGGAAAAACUUAGCAGUGUAAUAAUGAUAGUUGAGAAUGGAAGACAUACAUCUUGCCCACUGCUUGAUGUAAUUGAGGUUCAAGUGGAUGCUGUACUCUGUAAGAAUCAUACGAACACCAUUGAGCUCAAUGUGGAAAUUGCAUGUGAUAAUUCAAAUGUAUGGAUUUCGCAUCCUACAUUUCAUUUAUGGAAUGCUGUAAAAUUUGAUGUUCCGGAAUCAGGACCUUCUCAAUAUUCAACUAGUGGCAUUACUUUCAAAUUCCAGAUGAGGAAGGUUUCUAUUCUACUAACAGAUGGAAGGUGGAGCUACAAUGGGCCUGAGCUGGAGAUUCUGGUCAGAAACAUCUUGUUUCAUACAAUUGCAAGUGGAAAGCACAUGGAAUGUUCUGUCAAUGGUGAUCUUCAAGUAAACUACAAUAACAUCGAAAAGGUGUCAUGGGAGCCUUUUAUUGAGCCUUGGAAGUUUGUGUUGACAUUAGUCAGGGAACAAGAAAUGAGUGUUAUGCCGAAUAGGUCCGUUUCAACAGAUAUCAUUCUCAAAUCUACAACCCAGCUGAACAUUAAUAUUACAGAAUCCUUAGUAGAGUGUCUUUCACGUGCUACAGAGAUGUUUUCUGAUGCCCUGGGUCUUAUGGUAUUGGAUGAUCAUGAAGGCAACAAACUUGUGCAUUCACCAUGUGCAGAAUAUAUGUGUACUAGAAAAUGUGGUGCUCCUUAUGUUUUGCAAAACUUGACUUCUGUGCCUCUUUUAUAUCAAGUAUUUCAUGGGCUUGUCAAUCCUGAUGAUCUUCAUGAUUCUGAUGAGAAUCAUGCAAAAUAUGUGCAACCAGGUUCUUCAAUUCCGAUAUACAUGGAUGAAAAUGCUGAACAGCAACUUUCGCGUUUCAGGCCUUCUCAUUCUUCUGAUAGUUUAAAUGAGCCAAGGUCAAAUGGAUUUGCUCAUCAUUAUAUUACUGUGCAGCUUGAAGGAACUUCUAGGUCAUCUGGUCCCAUUUCAAUGGAUUUGGUGGGACUAACAUGCUUUGAGGUUAAUUUCUCCAAGACAUAUAAUGACACUGCUGAGGAUAAUAGUCUGAAUACAUCCCCUACUUUUGUUGUUCCGGUUGUAUUUGAUGUUUCAGUGCUGCGCCAUAGCAAGUUAAUACGAAUAUACUCCACUGUUGUACUUCUAAAUGCAACCUCUACCCCUGUUGAGCUGCGGUUUGAUAUUCCAUUUAGUGUGUCACCAACGUUAUUAGGUCCAAUACAACCUGGGCAGCAGUUUCCACUUCCACUACAUUUGGCUGAAGCUGGCUGUGUAAGGUGGCGACCAAUGGGGAACUCUUACUUGUGGAGUGAAGCUCAUAACCUCACCAAUCUUCUUUCAGUAAACAGCAAAGUUGGAAAUUUUAAAUCUUUCAUGUGCUAUCCAUCUCAUCCAAGUAGUCGUCCGUUUCGGUGCUGUCUAUCAGUUAAGAAUAUUAGCUUGACUUCAUCUGGCUGGCUGAAAAAUAAUGUCCCUGCAAAUGAUGUAAAGAAGCACUAUAUUCAUCACUUGAUCUUAAGUGCUCCACUAAUAAUUAACAACUACCUUCCUAAAGAAAUUUUGUUGAUCAGUGAGAGUGGUGGGGUAGGCCAUACUGUGAGAGUUUCAGAGGUGGGAACUUCUGUAUAUCAUAUUGAUCCCUCACAUGACCUAGGACUGGAGAUCUGCAUUGAUGGAUUUAAAUGUUCUAAUUUUAAAUUUCCUCGUUUAGAAACUUUCUGCACAAUGGCAAAGUUCACUGAACCCAAGUUUUCAUUUUCUGAAACCCUGAUAUUUGAACCAAAUAGUUCUAAUGGCCCAGUAUAUGUUACUGUAGAGAAAGUGAUGGAUGCUUAUUCUGGUAGUAGGGAACUCAUCUUUUUUGUUCCCUUUAUUUUAUAUAACUGUAUGGGUUUUCCCCUGUGCGUAACGGAAGCCACUGGUGAAACCAAUGAAAGGGAAUUUGUCAUUCCUUCUUAUUUUGACGGAGGUGAAAAUGAAACAUUAUCAUAUAAAAAGGAUGGUCUUUCUUUGCUUACAUCCAACCGUGAAUUACCCGUGGAAGUUCCUCAUAACCCAAGGAGUUAUAUGAAGAAUCAUACCAUUUCUUACAGAGAGGAUGGUAGUGCAAACUCUAUUGGUAAUUACCAUAAGAAUUUGGGAAGGCAACACAGCAAAAUUGAUUCUAUAUUUCGAAAUUCUUCUUCAGGAAAAUUGAAGAGUAUGCUGAGCUCGAAGAUCCAGUCCACUUGGAAGGAUUCAGGUUCUGGUAAUCAUGAGCGUGAGAAGGUUCAGCCAUGCAUUUAUUCUCCAAGCCCUGAUUCCUCUGUAAAUGAUGCUUUUGUUAAAGUAUGUAGAUGUUUUUCUGAAGAUGCCAAGGAACAGUUGCCAUAUUCUCUGUGGUCAAAUCCAUUUUCUCUGCUACCACCAAGUGGUUCAAGCACUAUCCUUGUUCCUCAGUUGACUUCAAAUUCUGCAUUCAUUCUAGCUAUGACAUGUAACUCAGUUACUGAACAAUAUGCUGGGAGGAUAAAUGCAAUCACUUUUCAGCCUAGAUAUGUAAUCAGCAAUGCAUGCAGCAAGGAAAUAUCUUAUAAGCAGAAAGGCACUGAUGCCGUGUUUUAUUUAGGAAUAGGAAAACAUGAUCAUCUUCACUGGACAGAUACAACCAGGGAGCUGCUUGUUUCAAUUUGUUAUAAUGAAUCUGGAUGGCAGUGGUCUGGAAGCUUUUUACCAGACCAUCUGGGCGAUACACAACUGAAAAUGAGGAACUAUGUUUUUGGAACUUCAAACAUGAUACGAGUUGAAGUGCAAAAUGCUGACAUAUCUAUGGGAGAUGAAAAAAUAGUUGGAAACAUCAAAGGAAACUCUGGGACCAACUUGAUUCUUUUGUCAGAUGAUGAUACAGGGUAUAUGCCAUACCGAAUUGAUAAUUUCUCAAAAGAGAGAUUGAGAAUAUAUCAGCAGAGGUGUGAAAUGUUUGACACAGUCAUUCACUCCUAUACUUCUUGCCCGUACACCUGGGAUGAACCCUGCUAUCCUCGUCGUCUUAUUGUGGAGGUACCUGGAGAGCGAGUUUUGGGAUCAUAUGACCUCGACGAUGUUAAAGAAUAUGUGCCUGUCUACCUGCCAUCAACCUCUGAGAAGCCUGCGAGGACUUUCUAUUUAUCAGUGCAUGCAGAGGGAGCAACAAAGGUUCUUAGUGUUCUUGAUUCAAAUUACCAUAUCUUUAAUGAUGUGAAGAAAUCAAGUGUUCCACUUCCUACAGAGAAAAGGUUAUGUGAUCACAGUCUAGUUAGGGCUUCAGAAUACAAGGAGAAAAUAUCAAUUUGUGUUCCAUAUAUUGGGAUUUCUUUGAUUGAUUCAUACCCACAGGAAUUGCUUUUUGCCUGUAUUAAGGAUGUAGAAAUGAAUCUACUGCAAAGUUUGGAUCGUCAAUGUCUUUCCUUGCUGAUAUUAUUCAUACAAAUUGAUAACCAGUUGCGCUCUACUCCAUAUCCUGUUAUGUUGUCCUUCGAUAGUGGAUACAGAUCUGGUCAUGUUGAUCAUAUGAAAUCUAGGGAUGAUGGUACGAGAACAAGAAUUGAAAGUUUAAAUCAAAUGAGCAGCUCUUCUGUCCCUGUGUUCUGCCUAGAAAUAUCAAAGUGGAGGAAAAAAGACAUUUCAUUUAUUUCAUUUGAAUACAUAAAAUUGAGGAUGGAAGAUUUCCGUCUUGAGAUUGAACAAGAAGUCAUAUUAAGCUUAUUUGAGUUUUUCACGAAUGUCAGUUCAGGGAUGCAAUAUGGAAUCAUGCCAUCUUCAGAUCCCUAUGAUGGAGUGUCACUAGAGAAUUCAUCCUCAUUUGUUCAAACUAGUGAGAAUUUCAGAUUAAGUGCUCACCAAUGUUCUCCAAGAAUUUCCCCCAUGUUCGAUGAAAAAUCUAAAAGGAUUGCAUCUUUACCUUCCGUUGUUCCAAUUGGAGCCCCAUGGCAGGAAAUUUUUCUGUUGGCCAGAACCCAGAAGAAAAUUUAUAUAGAAAUGCUUGAAUUGUCACCAAUCAAGUUGACUUUAAGUUUUUCCAGUGCCCCAUGGAUGCUUCGGAAUAGGAUCCUCACAUCCAAGGAAUUUCUUAUACAUAGAGGCCUUAUGGCUCUUGCUGAUGUUGAGGGAGCACAUAUUUAUCUAAAGGAUUUAAUCAUUGCACAUCAUAUGGCUAGUUGGGAAUCCAUUCAGGAGAUUCUAAUUAGGCAUUACAACCGCCAACUACUUCAUGAGACUUACAAGUUGUUUGGUUCGGCUGGUGUCAUUGGAAAUCCCUUGGGUUUCGCACGGAGCAUGGGGCUUGGCAUUAGAGAUUUCUUGUCUGUGCCUGCAAAGAGCAUUGUGCGGAGCCCUACUGGACUUAUUAUGGGCAUGGCUCAAGGCACCACUAGUCUUUUAAGCAACACAGUGUAUGCUAUUAGUGAUGCAGCUUCUCAAUUCAGUAAAGCUGCACGCAAGGGUAUUGUUGCAUUUACAUAUGAUGACCAAGCGGUUUCAAGGAUGGAAAAACACCAGGCAAUUGUAGCUUCUGACAGUAAAGGUGUAAUUAAUGAAGUUUUAGAGGGACUCACAGGUCUUCUCCAGUUUCCUGUAACAGGAGCCGAGAGGCAUGGUCUUCCUGGUGUCCUCUCUGGUGUUGCAUUGGGGAUUACAGGACUUGUGGCUAAACCUGCUGCUAGUAUACUUGAAGUUACGGGAAAAACUGCACUCAGUAUUAGAAACCGUAGUAAACCCAGUCAAUUAAGACUGCAACACUUUAGGGUUCGGCUUCAAAGGCCACUGUGCCGUGAAUUUCCAUUAAAACCUUAUUCGUGGGAAGAAGCAGUUGGAACGUCAGUACUUGUGGAAGCUGAUGAUGGUUUAAAGUUCAAAGAUGAGAAGUUAGUGGCUUGCAAAGCCCUUAAAGAAGCUGGUAAAUUUGUUGUCAUAACAGAAAGAUUUGUACUCGUUGUUUUCAGUGCAAGUUUGAUAAACUUAGGGAAGCCUGAAUUCCGUGGCAUCCCUGUUGAUUUGGAGUGGAUAAUUGAAUGGGAGAUUGGAUUAGAGAAUAUAAUACAUGCCGACUGUAGUGAAGGGGUUGUACACAUAGUUGGUAGUCGGCCAGACUCCUUAUUGAGGCAAAAUCAGCAUUCUCCUAAGGGUGGUAGUGGUGGCAGAACCAGAUCUGUGCGUUGGAACCAAUUUGCCACUCAUCUUCCAUUUCCUCAGACAAACUUGGAACUAGCAAGUGAGGAAGAUGCAGCCAAUUUGUUACAGAUUUUAUUAUCUGCUAUUGAAAAAGAAAAAGGUAAAGCAUGGGACGGUGGGCGGAUUCUGCAUCGAUCUAGAAUGAAAUAGGUUCUCAAGUUUAAUUAUGUCUCUGUUCUAAAAAAUUUUAAAUUCUAUCACAGUACAAUGCAAAUCUAGGGGGGUCAUAAAUUGAAAUUUCCAAGCUAGAUGGCUUUGGGGACGAAGAGGAAACUAAAAAGCACCUACAUGUCUCCAUUCGCAUUUGAAAGGGCCUUUUUUCUCCUCCGGGUAUACAUUUUUUUGGUGCUCUUUACAGUUCUUGGUUCAGAUUCAUCUUGGAUGACUUGUUUGGCUUCCAUUCCGUUCUCUUUCCUCAAAACCUUCCAGGUUUAUAGAAUGAGCAAACAUGGAAGAGGGAAGAAAAUUUUGAUGUAGCAAUUCAACGACAUUGAGCAUAGAAGUUAGUAUACUUUCUCCUAGUUAUGUUUUUGUACAGUACAGAAGUAUAUGUAUAUUUUGCUGCUGUCAUUUUUCUCGGGGAUGUUAAUAUUACCAACGCUUGUGUAAAUAUUAUUGUUUUGGUUUUUUUAACAAGUCCCUGUGGUUAAAUCAGUUCUUUAUUUUCUGAAGC